AUGCAUAAUCCACUUCAUAAAACACCAAAUUUGAGAAUUAAUUAUCCUUUGGAAAGAUCACUUGAAGAUGAUCUUAUACGUCGUACACUGGUCCAACAAUCUCUCACUAUUGGUUGUUUAUAUAAUAUUAGAAAAGAUACUAUCGUGGACAACAUAUCGUUGGGAACCAAUUCCAUCACUAAACCUAUGAUACAUAAAGUCGUAUAUUGUACAGUACUUAAAGAUCAUAUGAUUGAAAUUAAAAAUCUAUUUCAUGAAAUUGAUAUUGACGAUGAUCUAUGUUUAAGUUUAAUAUUAAAUAGUAUUUCUACCGGAGGAAUAACUUCAAUAAUGCAUUCAUUAUUUAAUAUGAAUGAAAAAACUCGAAUACUUCAUUAUUGUUAUGUGAAUGAAGAACGAUUUAUUAGUGGUCCAGCAUUUAAGUCAAAAGACAAUAUGAUGGAGAAAAUCUUUAAUCAAGAUAUAACUCAUAUGGUCGUUGGAAUUCGAUCAGGAAUUCAUGUUGUUGUUGUAUUACAAUUGUCUGCAGAUUAUGACAACGGAAUUGAUAAUCUUUUGGAGAAAAUAAGUCAAAAUUUAAUAGAUAAUAUUUUUAAUAUAUCAACGAACGACAAACAAUUACUUUCUCAAAUUAUAACAACAAGAAUAUUUUCAAAUAUUCCAGAUCUUAUUGGAAAUAAAACAUUAUCUGGUUUAUGUACACAUAUAACUCACAUAAAGCAAUUAAUUGCUGUUCAUCGUCCAUUACAAUGUUUUCUUCUUCCAAUUCAAUGCUUCUAUCCAUCUUACAUAAAAAUUAAAACGAAUUAUGUUCCAUUGAAUCUAGAUACUCUUACAAUAAUAAAACAAUAUUUAUUUCCUUUAUGGUUUAAAAUGAAACAGUUGACAAUGUUUGUUAGGUCCGAUACAGAAGAAUUAUUGAAACAAUAUUUCAAACCAGAAUUUGAUCAAAUUCAACAUGAUAUUCAAGAAAUUCAAGAAAGAUAUUCAACGGAAAUUAUACAAAUUCGUAAUUUGAUAGCCGAAUUUCAUAGUGGAAAACUUAAACAAAAAUUAAUGUCUGAAAUAUUCAUAAAAAUAUUUGAACCUUUAUUAGAAAAUAAAAUUGAUCUUUGUCUUGAACGACUUCAACCUUUGAGAGAAAAAGUAAUGUUUAUCAAGGAUUUAAAACAAAAAAAUAUCAAAUAUUUGAAUAUGGAAAAUGUUUCAAUUCAACAAAAUGAUGAUAUCAAAACAGUUUUGUUAAAAAUAAUCAAACCAAACAAAGAAGAACUCAUUUUCUGUUCUACUGAACAUUUAAAAUAUCAAGAUUCACCCAAAUGGAGUGAAUAUUAUAGCAACUGGAUUCGAAAAGACGAAACCAAUUCUUCAAUAGGUCUUAUCUAUGUUGAUUUCUCUUACAUAACUUCAUUUCAUUUAUCAAAAACGCAAAUAUUUUCAAUACAGCCAUUGGGAAACAUCGAACAACAGACUGAUUCAUUAAAUCGACCAAUAUCCUCAACGAAAGAACCUAUCAAAUCACCCGAAAAACAAUCAGAAGAAACCAGAAAACGACUUAGUUCACCAGAAUUAGUCAAUUCAUCAAAUACACCAGAAAAGUCUUCAGAGAAGAACGAGACUGUUCCUAUCGAUGCAUCUCCAAGAGCACGUCAAUCACUUACACAAUCAGCAUCUGAAGACUUGUCGAAAAUAAACGACGAAUCUAAGGAAACUCUACCGACAUUUUAUGACGCGAUGUCAUCAAAAGAAUCAAUCGUAAACGACACAACCCAUGGAACAAUUCCAUUAAACAGUGUUAGAGAAGAUGUGACGUCACUUAUAUCGCCAUCACAGCCAGUUUUGGAGCCUGCUUCAGAAGAAAAUGAUUUAUCAAGAGACGUGAAAAGUUCUACAAAUUCAAACGAACCAUCAAACACAUCAGAUCAAUUGCUGAAUGAACAAUGUGAUCCGCUGGAAACACAGUUCAAAACAUCUAGCACACCGAUCAUAUCUACUCUGCGUACUACUUCAUCAACCGAUGUAGAACCAAUAAAUCCUGAAGUACCUCUCGCUUCGCAGACAGCAUCACAAUCAUCACCGACACUAACUGACACAUCUACAUUAGAAAAGCACUCAUACGUUAAAGAUCAUGGUAACGAGACGUCAUCAACACUUUCAAGGUCGGAUUCACAAGUCAGUCAACGAACAAGAGACCAGAAUAACAAUAAGAAAGAAUCAAUCGAUCAAAUGAACUCGCAAGAACCAUUAACAAUUGAAUGCAUCCAAUCAUCAUCAUCAUCAUCAUCAGAAUUACAAAGAAAUUCUUCGCAAGAACAGAGUCCUGUAGAAAACUUAUCAAUUCGCUCGAAUUCAGCUAGUGCAACAAAGAAAAGGCGUCGUCCUAAUUCAUCUGGCUUGACAACUGACAAUUGUAUAAAUGUUCUCCUUCUGGGCGAAUCGGGUGUUGGAAAAUCCACUUUCAUCAACGCACUUGCUAAUUAUAUCACAUUUGAAACAUUUGAAAAGAGUCAUUCUAGUGAACCUCUAGUUGCUAUUCCUGUCUCAUUUAUGAUAACUGUCGGUGAUCAUUUCGAAGAAAAGGUUGUUAAACUCGGUAAUGAAGAUUCUAAUGAAGAUCAUGAACAUCCAGGACAAUCAGUAACUCAAAAUUGCAGAUCUUAUGUUUUUCCACUUAAGGAUACUCAAACGACAAUAAGAAUGAUCGACACGCCUGGAGUGCGAGAUGUACGUGGUCUUACUCAAGAUGAUCUUAACGUGCAACAUAUUAUUUCAUAUAUAAGUAAUCUUUCACAUUUGAAUGCCAUUUGUAUUCUUCUUAAACCCGAUGAGUCCAGAUUAAAUAUUAUUUUUCGUUCAUACUUGGAUCGUUUAUUAAACUUUCUAGGCGAAGACGCUCGUAAUAAUAUUAUAUUUUGUUUCACAAAUACUCGAGCAAUGUUUUUUACACCUGGUAAUACGGCUCCUCUAUUGAAAGAAAUGAUUUCAUCAUGCCCUAUCAAAGAUAUUCCUUUCAAUAAAUCAAACACAUUUUGUUUCGAUAAUGAAUCAUUUCGUUAUCUAGUUGCUCUACAAAAUGGAAUCAAAUUCGAUAAACAUCAAGAGGAUGAAUAUGAGCAAAGUUGGACAAACUCAGUCAUUGAAUCAAAUCGUCUUCUUCAAUAUAUUUGUGGAACAGAACUCAAAUCUUAUUUUGAAAAUGAAUGGCGAUCGAUUGAACAUGUUCAAUUAAAAAUUCAGCAAAUGAUUCGUCCAAUGUUGGACACGACAAGAAAUCUCUUUCAACAUAUCGUUUCAUUAGAGAGAGAUUCGAAUACGCAACUUAUAAAACUCAAUCCAGUUUUUCUGAAUCACUCAUCAUCUAUCUGUUAUACAUGUGAAUCUACUUGUAAACGUUACAAUGACAUAUAUAUUUUUGAAUAUGAUUUACACAUUGAUUCAGAUCCGUGUAACAAAUGUGACUGUGUCCGUGAAAAUCAUGUGGCAAUCGACUAUCACAUUCAAUAUGAACUCUCAAAUGAGAUAGAUGAACAAUCUUUAGAACAUAAGGAGUCAACUGUCGAGCAAUUAAAAAACACAAUCAUAAAAUUCGGUAAAUUCUAUGCUAAAAUUCAGAAUAUAUCAAGUCAAGUAGAUCCAAUUUCGUCUGCUUUAAAACGAAUGAUUGCUGAAGAACAGAAACUCUGUUCACAAAAUGAUUCAACAUGUCUUAAUCCGCAGUUGUAUGAUAAACUGGUUAGUUUUGAAAAAGAAUAUGAGCAUGAAUUGGAAACAUCAAUAUUAACCGAUACAUUAGUCGAUUUAUCGAGUAUGUAUGAAAAAAUUGAAAUGAUUAAUAAUAUUGAUGAAAUAAAGCAACAACUGUUAUUAAUCAAGAAAAAACAACAAAUAUGUAUCAAGAAACACGAGAAACAGCUCUUAUCAAUGAUUCAAUAA